CAGACCGUGUUAAUGUACGGUCCUGUUUCCCUACCAGCAGCGAGUAUUAACCAUUACCACGAAAACAAUAGCAGCACGCAGCAUACAUUUCAAAGAUAAGUUUGAAUGUUAUAAAGCGAAAACAAGCCGGAUUCAGUCAAACGGUGAGAAAUUUUAAACUAGCUCGUUUGAUACCAAGUCCGAUCGCGAUGGCCGACAUAAAAAUAGCAAAUAUCGAAGAGCUAAUUAAAAAUUAUAUUAGUGGCGUUGUGAUCGAAGAAAAUGUCACGAGACUGACCGCUCCAGGUGAAAAUUACGGGAGUUUGAUGCUAAAAGUUGAUUUGAAAGUGCGAAACGGUGAUGGAGUGAAAACCUACCAUUUGGUGGCUAAGUGCGUGCCUCCCAACAAAACGGUCCAGGAGAGUUUCAACACCAAAGAGACUUUUAGAAACGAAAUCGCGUGGUACUCCACGAUUAUACCGACAUUGCAGGAUUUCCAGAGGGAGAAGGGAAUUAGUAAUGUUAUGGACUUUUUCGCCAAGUAUUACGGCGGAAGGGUAAGCCUGGAUCCGGACAGUGAAGAUUUCGACGAGGACGGUGUUCUUCUGGUGGAAAAUUUGGUGGCCGCAGGUUUUCAAUGCGAAGACAGAUUGAGAGGUUUCGAUCUCCCUACGUCCAAGGCAAUAAUCAAAAGCAUUGCAACGCUGCACUCCACCGCAAUCGCCCUUAAACUUCAGAAGCCACAUAUCUUCGAGACUAACAUCAAAAAGUAUCUGUUCGGUCACGUUCAAAUGGAAAUGGGUUCCGUCAUAUUCGAAACACCCUUGGAAGUCAUUGAGGAAAUGACGGACUUGGCGAGCGUGUUCCCGAAAGUAAAAGAGGCAUUAAAAGUGAAUCCUUUUGGGCGCGAGGGUUGCAGGGAGCCCUGGGCCUCGCCCGUUCACACAGACUUGUGGAUGAACAAUAUCAUGGUAAACCCGGAAGAGCCAAAAGUGGCUUUGGUCGACUUACAGACUACCAAGUACAAGUCGGCAGUGUGCGAUUUAAUUUUCUUUCUGAUGACUUCCGUGGAGAUUCCUUUAGCUAGAAAACACUUGGAUGAACUCAUAGCGUUGUAUUACGACGAGUUUAUUAGCAACCUGACUGCGCUACAUGCCGAUACGAGUGAAUUCUCCCACGACCGUUUUAUGGCAGAAUUGAAGAUGGAAGCGUAUGCUCAAUUCGCCCAUGCUUUAUUCUUUGCUAUGGUGAUGUCUGCUCAAAAAAUGGAUGAUUUGGCCGACGCUGGGCACGAGUUUAUGGACCAGGUGAUUAAAUUCAGUCGUCAAGUUAGCCCGAGGCAUAAGGAGAAAUAUAGGUUUUUAGUGGAGGAGUUCACCAAGAGAAAUUGGAUUUAGUGAAGAAAUUUUGUGUGAAAACAUAGGCAGUCUUUGUAUAACGUGCUUGCAAAGCAUAGAACUCGAGUUUAACCAAUGAAUUGAAUCCAUUCUUCGAAAUUUUUACAAAAAUAAAUUAUAAUUAAACAAAAACACUUGGCGUAACAUUAAAAAUGUAAAUAUUUUUGAAUUAAUACUCCUUUGUAUAAAAUAUUAUAACCAUAAAAAAAACGAAUAAAAAAAUAAAAUGUGU